AACCGUAUGCGAUUGCGCUGAACCGAAGAAUAUGGGAAUUAUUCAAUUUCCUGAUGCUGAUUGCAAGCCGAAAAUGAAUUCCACGAGUGCUGUUCCAGUGAGAUAUGUUGUCUACAGUGAUGAACGCGCCGCAGUGAAAUUUCCGGGUUUUAUUUGUGCCAGAUGGAGAAAUAUUCACCGCGUGACUAUGAACUUUUUCGGUCAAACAGUGAUCGUGCCUGAGAAAAUUCCUAUAGACACAACGGCUUCUGAGUGCUAUAAAAUGAUUAACACUAAAAAGUGUGAAGGUUAUGAAAUGACUCUUUCGGAUGAGAAGUAUGUAUUUUCGCAUGAACCUCGAUCUGACGGUUACUGGAUGCGAACCGUCGAUUCAGAAAUUCUGAAUUGUGCGCUUGAACAAAUACAAUUGUUCCAACAAAUGGAGGAUGAAGAUUUUCCAACGCCGAUCGGAAAAGCUGCCGCAACCGCCGGUACCUUGUCUCACAACCAUCUAACUUUGGUUUGGGAUACGACAUACACCCAUAAGAUUCAACACGAAUUACAUCGUGAUAUUGAUCGUGAUAAUGAAUUAGCGCGUAUGUUACAGACAAUUGAGUGUGAUGUUCGCAAAGCUAAAAAUGAACGAGCAAUCAUCACCGCCCAAUAUAAUGGUUGGCUCGCCGCUUCAUUAUUGAAAUUACCUCGGUGUGCAAAAUUGCAAGCUUUUGGACAGACCGCCGUAGUGAUUCAGUGUAAAGCUGUGAAUGCCACAAUUGAAACCGUGAUCACACCAUGUGGACCACAACCGAAAUUUAACAGUUAUACCAUUAAUCUCGAUGGCUGGGAAUUAGUGAAAUUUUCCCCAUGCUAUUGGACGAAUGGUUUCGUCAAUUUCAACGAUAAACCUUACGCCUUCCGCAACAACACUUGGAAAAGGAUCGACCCGAAUAUUGUACUGCCGGAGCGUACAUUGGCUCAUUCCUUCCGAUACGAAGACGUGAAAGCCUUCGACUAUGACCAUCGCAGCAAUCCAGCUUAUAACGAUAAUUUACUCAACCACAUGAACGUUGUAGCUGACAUCGUAGCCGCCAUGAAUGAACAAUCACCUGCUGAUUUCCCAUCGAAUCAUCGUCCUCAUGCAGCUGAUGUUCUACUGACAGCAGCAGGAGUCGAGAGAUAUACCAGCUGGUGGGAGGUCAUCAUAAUCUCCUUGGUCGUCACCGUCAUCUUCAUCCUUGUCCUCAUCGUCUUACGCAUUUGUUGCUGUCUUGGCCUCUUCGGUAUUUGCUGUCCUCCGAUUAAAGAAGUUAAAACUUUUUACCACGAACAUGAAGUCUGA